ACGGUCUCCUCUUUUAAUCGAACUAAAGUUCCUUUGGACAAAGAAUGGGUUGAACUUGCUACAAAGGAAUUAAAGGGUAAAGAUCCGGAAAAAUUCCUAGCAUGGCAUACCGCAGAAGGAAUAGAUGUGAAGCCUGUUUAUACGAAGGCAGAUGCUGAACUCAUUAAAGAUGAAAUCCCGGGAAAAUUUCCUUUUACAAGAGGUCCAUACGCUUCUAUGUAUACAGCAAGGCCAUGGACUAUUCGACAGUAUGCAGGGUUCAGUACGGUGGAAGAGUCAAAUGCCUUUUAUCGAAAAAAUUUGGCUGCAGGCCAACAAGGCCUUUCUGUUGCGUUUGAUCUAGCGACGCAUAGAGGUUAUGAUUCGGAUCAUCCGCGCGUAGUAGGUGAUGUUGGCAUGGCUGGUGUUGCUAUUGAUUCAGUAGAGGACAUGAAGGUUCUUUUUGAUGGAAUUCCGCUUAAAACAAUGUCUGUUUCUAUGACAAUGAACGGUGCCGUGUUACCAAUUUUGGCUAUGUACAUAGUCGCGGGCAUAGAACAGGGUGCUCAAUUAAAAGAAUUGUCUGGCACUAUACAAAAUGAUAUUCUGAAGGAAUUUAUGGUUCGAAAUACAUUCAUAUACCCGCCAGAACCAUCAAUGAAGUUAAUUGGUGAUAUUUUUUCUUACACUGCAAAGAAUAUGCCGAAAUAUAAUUCAAUUUCAAUAUCUGGAUAUCAUAUGCAAGAAGCUGGUGCUGACAAUGUUCUUGAACUAGCUUUCACAAUUGCUGAUGGUUUAGAGUAUGCUAGAACAGGUCUUAAAGCAGGAAUGACAAUUGAUCAAUUCGCUCCAAGAUUAUCUUUCUUUUGGGGUAUUGGAAUGAAUUUUUAUAUGGAAAUUGCAAAAAUGAGGGCAGCUCGCCGCUUAUGGGCUCAUAUGAUUCAAGAACAUUUUCAUCCAAAAAAUCAAAAAUCAUUAAUGUUACGUACACAUUGUCAGACAUCUGGUUGGUCACUUACUGAGCAGGAUCCAUAUAAUAAUAUUAUAAGAACUACUAUAGAAGCAAUGGCCGCCACAUUAGGAGGGACACAAUCCCUUCAUACGAAUUCAUUUGACGAAGCGGUGGGUCUUCCGACAGAAACCUCAGCUAGAAUUGCGCGAAAUACACAAAUUAUUCUCCAGGAAGAAGCUUUUAUUCCAAAAGUUGCAGAUCCUUGGGGAGGUAGUUAUAUGAUGGAAAGUUUGACAGAUAAUAUCUAUUAUUCUGCAAGAGAACUUGUGGAAGAAAUAGAGAAAAUGGGUGGUAUGGCAAAAGCUGUUGCAAGUGGUAUGCCAAAGUUAAAAAUUGAAGAAAGUGCGGCUCGAAGACAGGCCAGGAUUGAUUCUGGUCAAGAGACAAUUGUUGGAGUAAACAAGUAUCGGCUUGAAAAUGAGACCGUGAUUGAAGUCCGUACUAUUGACAACACUAAAGUAAGAGAAGAACAAAUUCAACGCAUAAAUGAAGUCAAGGCGGCGAGAGAUGAGGCUCGAGCACAAAAUGCAUUAAGCGCUUUAGAAGAGUGUGCAAAGACGGAAAAUGGCAACUUACUGGAAUUAGCUAUCGAGGCAUCAAGAGCACGAUGUACUGUUGGUGAAGUAUCAUAUGCACUUGAAAAAGUAUGGGGACGUCAUGAACCAACAAGUCGUGUUGCUAGUGGUGCUUACAAAUCUGCUUAUGGAACUGCGGAAGAAACAGAAGAAACAAUUAAAUUAGUAGAGCAAACGAAAGAAAUAUUGGGUGUUAACCCAAGAAUUUUGGUUGCGAAAUGUGGUCAAGAUGGACAUGAUCGAGGGGCCAAAGUGAUUGCUUCAGCUUUCAGCGAUUUUGGAUUUGAUGUCGAUUUAUCUCCAUUAUUCAGUACGCCUGAAGAAGUAGUACGUCAAGCCAUUGAUAAUGAUGUCCAUGUGAUUGGAGUUUCUUCACAGGCUGCUGGGCAUAAAACACUGAUACCGGCACUUAUAAAUGAACUUAAAAGACUUGGUAUAAAUGACAAAGUUGUGGUAGUUGGGGGUGUUAUUCCACAUCAAGACUAUAAAUUUUUAUACGAUGCAGGAGUAAGUUCAAUAUUUGGACCUGGUACUAAAAUUCCCGAAGCCGCUAAAGAAGUUAUCUUAAAAAUUCAGCAAAAGAUAAAAGAUGAUCCUUUACCAUCCGAAAAGUCUGUUAAUUUAAGUUAG